AUGGCAACCACUUCCGUUCAAGUUCAAACCGGAGGACAGAGCAACACGUUGACGGUGGAAAAUUGCACUGAGAUGGAUGACAUAGCAAAUUUUUUUCUGUUACGAAUGGUGCUCAUUCUACAUACACUGUUUUCGGUUUUGGCAAUACCGCUGCUGAUAUUCUAUCUAAACCGAGUUCUUAUGAAACAACUCAUGCACUUCAAUACGAGAUUUAUUAUUAUCUUUAACGUCGUUUGCCUAUUCGUUCAUCUUCUAUCGAGAAUCUACCAGUAUAUGACGAAGCUUCUGGAAAUGUUUCGAGAACGUAGCAAUGGUUGCGAAAUUAUACCUGAUGUUAUGUACUGUUUCUACGUACGUUUACCUUACAACUGUGGGCUAUAUCUAUGCUAUAGUACGACUAUUAUGAUUGCUUUCGAGCGAUUGAUUGCAACAAUAUAUCUGCACAGGUACAACAGUAACAGGAGUGUAGGACCGCUACUUGUGUUUGCUCAGUUGAUUAUCUCGUCAGUAUUGCUGCUGAUUCUAUAUUUACCGUCAGAAUUUUCUGAUACAGUUAUAUAUUACUGCAUCGCAAUGUCAGCAAAGCGCCCAUUUUACACAGUUUUAUCACUGUCGAUCGCUAUGGUAAUCCAGAGCAUGGCUAUAAUUUUUUUCCACAGAUUAAAAUCUCUUAACAGGAAUCUCCGUUCGAAAUUGAAGAAGGAGGGUGAUAUUAACAGUCGGUACCAAGUCGAAGAAACGCUCAGGUCGUUGAACACCCUUUCAUCACUUUUCUAUGUGUCCUAUGCUUUUAUCUUGACAUAUGUUUCUGUAAUGUGCUUAAUCAUAGUAAUUGGUCAUAAGUUGUCACUGCCUCUUUUUCUGGCGCUGAUUGAAGGAUCUAACUGGAUGCCACAGUACUGUUUCGUUUUACCGCUGUUGUUAUGGCACCAGAGAAAGAAAAAUAUUAAUAAGGUGAGAAACAAUCUCACUAACGAGAUUGGUGCUGGAACUGAGCAGUAUCAGGAAGUCUUUCAAAAGAUGUGGAAAUAA